GCACGACUACUCCGGCCGGCGGCCGCGUCUCGAGUUCUCGGCGGAGGCGGCAAGCCGGCGAGGGCAACCCACCCACCGACGUCGUGCGGCCGCGCUUGCUGCGUCGCGUGCCCACGCCAAUCCCGUGGCGGCGGAAGGAGGAGGAGCAAGCGCUUGGGAGGAGCUAAACCCUAGAGGCGGAGCUCUAGAAUCGAAUCCCCCCCCUUCCUUCCGCUUUGCGGCGAUGAGUCGGCGGCAGGAGAUUUGCCGCAACUUCCAGCGCGGAAGUUGCAAGUACGGAGCGCAGUGCAGGUAUUUGCAUGCCUCCCCUCACCAGCAACAGCAGCAGCAGCAGGCGAAGCCCAACCCGUUUGGAUUUGGCACCGGAAGCAGGCAGCAGCAGCAGCCGUCAUUUGGCUCACAGUUCCAGCAGCAGCAACAGCAGCAGCAGAAGCCCAAUCCUUUUGGUUUUGGGGUACAAGGUGCCAAUGCCCAGUCACGUAAUGCUCCUGGUCCUGCGAAGCCUUUUCAAAAUAAGUGGGUAAGGGACCCCUCGGCCCCGACGAAGCAAACAGAGGCGGUGCAGCCACCGCAGGCGCAGGCUGCCCACACCUCCUGUGAAGACCCUCAGUCAUGCAGACAACAAAUUUCUGAGGAUUUUAAGAACGAGGCUCCUAUUUGGAAGCUUACUUGUUAUGCUCAUCUCAGAAAUGGCCCUUGCAAUAUUAAGGGAGACAUUAGCUUCGAGGAACUAAGAGCUAAAGCCUAUGAGGAAGGAAAGCAAGGGCAUUCUCUGCAAUCAAUAGUUGAGGGAGAAAGAAAUCUACAAAACGCAAAGUUAAUGGAGUUUACUAAUCUGCUCAAUAGUGCACGUCCAUCACAAACUCCAAGCUUUCCUACUAUGAGUUCCUUCCCUGAAGUGAAAAACAACUCAUCAUUCGGGGCUUCUCAAACCAAUGGACCACCUGUGUUCAGUAGUUUCAGUCAAAUUGGAGCAGCAACUAAUAUUGGACCUGGGCCAGGAACCACCGCACCAGGAAUGCCAGCCAGUAGUCCUUUUGGUCAUCCAAGCUCUGCACCACUUGCUGCCCCUACUUUUGGCAGUUCUCAAAUGAAGUUUGGAGUUUCGAGCGUAUUUGGAAACCAGGGUUCAGGUCAACCAUUUGGGAGCUUUCAAGCCCCACGUUUUCCCAGUUCGAAGUCUCCUGCUUCCUCUGUCCAGCACAGAGACAUUGAUAGGCAAUCACAAGAGUUGCUUAAUGGGAUGGUAACUCCUCCUAGUGUGAUGUUUGAGGAAUCUGUUGGGAACAACAAAAAUGAAAAUCAGGAUGAUAGCAUCUGGUUGAAGGAAAAAUGGGCAAUUGGGGAGAUACCGCUGGAUGAACCACCUCAGAGGCACGUUAGCCAUGUGUUUUAAGAACUCAAAGGUGUUUUUUUUUGUGUUGUUGAGGCAUGAGACCAUGAACUACUCAGCUAUGAUCUGACUUCCUUGUAGUUGGGUUGCCACCAUAUGUCGUACUUUUCUUGCCCGAGCUUCAUGACGAUACAAAGGAAUUAUACAACAAACAAGAGAAUUUGCAAGAGUGAACAGUGAAGGAAGGCUGAUGAACCAAUGCAUUGUUUGGUACCACUUAUUUAUUCCUGGAACAUGAAUGUGGGCAACUAGAGCUAACAACCAGCUAACUGCAGUCUUGCCUGUCGAGUUAGUAUGUUUUUCUCUCUUUUUUUUAAUCUGUAAUUGUUUAUUCCAAUAGUAUGUUUUUCUUUUUUUUUAAUCUGUAAUUGUUUAUUCCAAAACUUGUUAGGAAGUUAUUGGAAUAAGAAACAGUAUUGCAAUAUUGAGUGAUUGGCCGGGUAACAUUGUCU